GCAUUUUCCAAAAUAUUGAGGAAGUAGUCUGACAAUAUCAACGCUCACUCCACAGCUGCAGUACAUGUCUGGGAAAUGAAUAUCGACAGUAUCGGUUCCUGCUUAGCAGUUUUAAUGAAGACAUUAGAGAGAAAAUGUCACCGCUGUAUGAGACAAAGAUGAUUUCGAAGUCGUCUUCCUCCAGUUAACGAACCCAGCUGUCCUGAAGAGGAAACUGUCAGCAUCUGUCCAGAGAGCCGCAGGUGUUCAACACAGAAUUCUCCAACACUCCAGCCCUGCUCAUGGCAAAGAUGAGUUGGGCUGCCAGUACACAGUGUGUAGCCAAGGGGGACCACAGGAAACCAAAACCUGGAGAACUGACUUUCUACAAAGGAGACAUCCUCACUAUUGUAGACACAAGCACGAGGAAGGGAUAUUACAAAGCCAGACACAACACCACCGGAGAGGAAGGACUCAUAAACGCCUCCAAUGUGCGUGAAAGAGAGGCUCUGCGUGUCGACCCCAGCCUCAGCCUCAUGCCUUGGUUUCAUGGGAAGAUCUCAGGUCCAGACGCGGUGUGUAAGCUGCAGCCGGCCGAGGACGGCCUGUUCCUGGUUCGAGAGUCCAUUCGCCAUCCUGGCGACUACGUCCUGUGUGUCAGUGUCUCCGGAGAUGUCGUCCAUUACCGAGUCAUUUAUCAGGAUAACAAGCUGACCAUCGACAACACACAGUAUUUCUACAACCUCAUUGACAUGAUAGAGUUCUACUCAAGGAACAAAGGCUCCAUCGCUACAACUCUUCUAAAGCCCAAACAAAAACAAGGAACCAAGUCAGCUGAGUUGGAGCUGUCUAAAUCUGGAUGGCUGCUGGACAUUACGAAGCUCAAACUGGGAGAUAAUAUUGGAGAGGGGGAGUUUGGUGCUGUUUAUGAAGGAGACUAUAUGGGCCAGAGGGUGGCAGUAAAGACCAUUAAAUGUGACGUCACAGCUCAGGCCUUCCUGCAGGAGACCACAGUCAUGACGAAGCUCCAGCAUAAAAACCUGGUGCGAUUGUUGGGGGUCAUUCUUCACAAAGGCCUUCAUAUUGUCACAGAGCUCAUGGCUAAGGGAAACCUUGUUAACUUUCUAAGGACACGAGGACGUUCAGUUGUGAACUCAGUUCAGCUUCUCUGCUUUGCUCUUGAUGUGUGUGAGGGGAUGGAGUACCUGGAGUCCAAGAAGUUUGUUCACAGAGAUUUGGCGGCUCGUAACGUGCUGGUCUCUGAUGACAGCAUGGCCAAGGUCAGCGACUUCGGCCUGACCAAGGUGGACUCGAAGGUGUCCGAUAAUGCCAAACUUCCGGUCAAAUGGACCGCCCCCGAAGCUCUGAAGAAAGAGAAAUUCUCCACAAAGUCAGAUGUUUGGAGCUACGGUAUUCUUCUGUGGGAGAUCUUCUCUUACGGUCGUCAACCUUAUCCUAAGAUGUCGCUGAAGGAGGUGAAGGAGAGGGUGGAGGGGGGCUAUCGCAUGGAGGCUCCAGAGGACUGUCCCCCCAGUGUUUACUCAGUGAUGAGGAUUUGCUGGGAGCAGGAGCCGCGCAGAAGACCUACUUUUCACAAACUAAGAGAGAAACUUGAGCGAGAGAUGGGUAAACGCAGCCCAGGCCCUGGGUCAGAGCGUCAGGAUGGCAGCAGGUCUGGAUCUAGUUGCUGAUCUUGGUUGUGAAUCUUGAACUCACAAUUGUGGGAAUAGAGUGGCGGCUGAUGGAGAGA